AUGCCCGAGGGCGGCGGUGUUGACGGCGGGGAGGUGCCCGCACUCAUCACGGAAGGCGAGCCGCUGCGGGAGGAGCAGCGGCCCCUGAAACAAUCUCUGGGAAGCUCCCUGUGCCGCGAGUCCCACUGGAAGUGCCUGCUCCUCACGCUGCUCAUCCACUCCUGUGGCGCUGUGGUGGCCUGGUGUCGCCUGGCUACCGUGCCUCGGUUGGUCCUGGGGCCCGAGGCAGCCCUGGCCCAUGGGGCUGGGGGCCCACCGCCCACCUACGCAGCCAGCCCCUGCUCGGAUGGCUACCUGUACAUCCCGCUGGCCUUUGUGUCCCUCCUCUACCUCCUCUACCUGGCUGAGUGCUGGCACUGCCACGUGCGGUCAUGCCAGGCGCCACGCACUGACGCCAGCACCGUGCUUGCUCUGAUCCACCGGCUGCAGCAGGCGCCACCCUGUGUCUGGUGGAAGGCCACCAGCUACCACUACGUGCGGCGCACCCGCCAGAUCACCCGCUACCGGAACGGCGACGCCUACACCACCACGCAGGUCUACCACGAGAGGGCUGACAGUCGCACGGCCAGGGGCGAGUUUGACUACUCGGCGCACGGCGUGCGUGACGUCUCCAAGGAGCUCGUGGGCCUGGCUGACCACGCGGCCACGCGGCUGCGCUUCACCAAGUGCUUCAGCUUCGGCAGCGCCGAGGCCGAGGCCUCGUACCUCACGCAGCGGGCCCGCUUCUUCGGCGCCAACGAGGGCCUGGACGACUACCUGGAGGCCCGCGAGGGCAUGCACCUGAAGGACGUGGACUUCCGCGACUCGCUCAUGGUCUUCGCCGACCCGCGCAGCCCGCCCUGGUACGCGCGGGCCUGGGUCUUCUGGCUGGUGUCGGCGGCCACGCUGUCCUGGCCCCUGCGCGUGGUGGCGGCCUGCGGGACUGCCCACGUGCACUACCAGGUGGAGAAGCUGUUCGGAGCCAGCUCGCCCCCACACGGGGCCGUGCCCAGCGGGCCCCCGCUGUCCCGUGUGGCCACCGUGGACUUCACGGAGCUCGAGUGGCACAUCUGCUCCAACCGGCAGCUGGUGCCCAGUUACUCAGAGGCUGUGGUCAUGGGCGCCAGCUCGGGCGCCUACCUCCGCGGCUGCCAGCGCUGCCGCCGCUCGGUCAGCAGCAACUCGCUGCCCCCGGCCCGGCCCAGUGGGCCCCGCCUGCCCUUCAGCCGCAGCCGCCUGUCGCUGGGGGCCGGGGGCCGCGCCACACCCGGGGUCUUCCGCAGCCUGAGUGGGGGGCCGCUGGGGCGCCGCCGAGAGGACACAGAGCCCCUGGAAAGCCCGCCAUGCUACGAGGACGCCCUGUACCUCCCGGUGCUCAUUGUCCACGGGGACAGCGGCUGCCAGGGGGGUGGGCACGGUGCGCUCUGAGACCCUCUGGCCCCAGAGUGGCCCCUCCCCACCAUCCCACCAAGGGCUUCAAUGCCUGAGUAAUUGUGGUCCAAACCAGGAGGGAACACAGACCAGCACACAAGGGGAGGGCUGGGGUGGCGUCUUUAAAUAGACCAAAAUGCAGUGACCCGGGGUCAUUUGGGGGCAAGUGAACACCACUGAAGUUGAGUCUAAGAACAGUCCCAGCGUAGCUCCUGCCCACCACCACCACGUUCCACCCCCUGCAAUGGCAGGCAUCUGUCUUGGGAGCCUCUCAGGCUGGGCAGGGGAGGAAGUUUCCAGAAAGCCAGAAUGGAGGAGUCCUAGGGACAGCUGUUGCCUGCAGCACAGGGCCUCCUGUGGGUCUUCCCUGCAUGGCCGAGGCCACACUGGGAUUCCUCGAGCAACUAGAGCACAUAUUGAUGGUUU